AAGCGAGAUGUGAGGUGAUUUUGUUGCUAUUUUGAAUUCAGUCAAACCAAAAUACAUUGCACAAUAAGCAAAUAAAGCAGCGAAAAAGCAGUGGUAGGACUUUAAAACGAUCAAAAAUCGUGAAAUACUUUCAAAAAAGUUGACCAUGAUUCGAUUCAAUGGCGGGUUGUUAAGGUGCGUUCACACGAGUGCCGCACUUGCGACCGGUGGCGAUGCAACGAAACGCUGUCCGGAGAUGAUCGAUCGCAUCAUUCGGGUUGAUCAUGCCGGAGAAUUAGGUGCUAAUCAAAUCUACCGUGGACAAAUGGCUGUUCUUGGCCACACCAAGAUGGGCAAAACUAUCCAGCACAUGUGGGAGCAGGAGAAGGUCCACAAAGCCGAGUUCGAUCGGUUGAUGAACAAGUAUCGUGCCCGACCAACCGCGCUGCUUCCGCUGUGGAAUGUUGCCGGCUUUGCUUUGGGGGCCGGCAGUGCCCUGCUCGGUGAGAAGGCAGCAAUGGCAUGCACGGUAGCGGUCGAGUCGGUCAUCGUUGAACAUUACAACGAUCAGCUGCGCACUUUGAUGGAUGACGCGAGUCUCAAGGACCGGGAACUGCUGGAGGUAAUUACCCGCUGCCGAGACGAGGAACAGGAACAUCACGACACCGGCAUGGACGAGGGAGCCGAGCAGGCACCGUUCUAUCAAGCGCUCACCAGUGUAAUCAAGUUCGGCUGUAGAGCGGCGAUAAAAAUAGCCGAACGGGUGUGAAUAGAAUGCUUUCCGUUUGUUUAGCUUCAAUACUGAGAAACUAUAAAUUUUCGUUUAUUUAUCACAACAAAA